AUGGCCAUAUCUGCUGUUCAGGAACAGCGUGACAUCAUAAUAAAUACUAUCCGCAAUAUCACAAGAGGAAAUUGGAAGAUAUUAGUAGUAGACCAGGCGUCAAAGAAGCUCCUCGAGAAUGCCGUCCCCGAAGACGAUAUCCUUAACCAGAAUGUCGCCAACAUCGAGGUCCUCGAAGAUCCACUAAGGGAGAAGAGUCCCGACAUAGAUGCCAUUUACUUCCUAACUCCCGAGCCACACAUCGUCGACACCGUAGCCGCCGAUCUUGAGCGCGGGAGCUAUAGGUCCGGCUUUCUGCUAUGGACAUCUCUCCUCGAUCCGCCCCUUCGUCGCCGCCUCGAAUCGUCUCCGGCAUACCGAGCCAUGGUGGUCGGGUUCGAUACGAUACCGCUAGACUUCUUCCCCCGCGAGUCGCACUUGGUGACGUUUAGGGACCCGUGGAGCUUCCCCGUGUUAUAUCAUCCGGCGUGCAAUAACUUAGUCACCGAGCACAUGAGGAUACUAGCGCAGAGGAUCAUGAGUGUAUGCGUGACGCUCGGCGAACUCCCCAGAGUGCGGUACUACAGCCCAAAGAACCCAACCCACGAAGCGAGCGUGUUAUCCAAAUACCUAGCCCGGUUCGUCAGCGAAGAGCUCGAAAACUACGCCGGUUUCAAUAGAAACUUCCCGCCGCACUCUAGCCGACCACCGAGCGUUCUCGUCAUCACGGACCGUUCGAUGGACCUUAUGGCGCCCCUCGUCCACGAGUUCACCUACCAGGCUAUGGCCCACGACCUCUUACCCAUCGACGAGCGGGAAAAGGUGCUGUACCACAUGACCAUCAACGAGGGGACGCCCUUGCAGGAGGAAAAGGAUAUGGAACUCCAAGAUAACGACAAGGUGUGGGUGGACAACCGCCACAGACACAUGAAGGACACCAUCGACAAGCUCAUGGGCGACUUCCAAAAGUUCCUCGACAAGAACCCACACUUCGCCAAGGAAGGCGCCGAAUCCUCCACCAACCUCAACGUUAUCCGUGACAUGCUGGCGGGCCUACCGCAGUUCCAAGAGAUGAAGGAGAUAUACUCUUUGCACCUCACCAUGGCGCAGGAGUGCAUGAACAGGUUCCAGCACAACAAGCUGCCGGACAUCGCCUCGGUUGAGCAGACGCUUGCCACGGGCCUCGACGAAGACUACCGCCGGCCGCGAAAUGUUCUGGAAGAAGUCGUCCGCCUCCUCGACGACGACGCCAUCUCCCCCUCGGACCGCCUUCGCCUCAUCAUCAUCUACGUCCUCUACCGCGACGGCCUCAUCCUCGAAGACAUCAAGCGCCUCCUCGCACACGCCUCCCUACCCCCCCGCGACGGCGACAUCGUCACUAACCUCGAGCUCCUCGGCGCCCGUCCCCUCCGCGGCCUCAAGGAAGCCCGCACCCCCCCUCCACCCCUGUUCCCUCCCGAAAACAAAAACGGCCCCGUAAAUGAAGAAUACGCUCUCUCGCGCUUCGAACCCGUCCUCAAACGCCUGCUCGAAGAUCUCUGCAAGGGGACCCUUGACCAAUCGACUUUCCCUUACGUAAAUCCUCCCGCCGACCCCAACGAGGAACUCAUAGCGGCUCAGGGCGGCUCCCUCCGCGCCGGAAGACCGAACUGGGCCGCUGCCGGCCGCAGACCCCCCGAGAACCGCCAGCGCGUAUUCGUCUAUAUGGCCGGCGGUGCGACGUACAGCGAGAGCCGCUCCUGCUAUGACGUGUCGUCGCGUCUGGGCCGCGAUAUCUUCCUCAUCACGAGCCAUAUGCUCACGCCGGCCCUUUUCCUCCGUCAAGUGAGCGACUUGAGCGCCGAUAAGCGACGUCUCGAUCUGCCCAUGGAUCGCCCCAAACCUCGUGUGCCGGCCCACCUUUUAGAGCGUGACUCUCGCCCAGCUCCCUCGGGACCCGCUCCGCCUCAGCAGCAGCAGCAGCCGCAAACCCAAGGUAGAAACCCACUUCCGCCAGGCCCAGGAGGUCUUCCCUCGGGCCAGAGAAUGGGCGGCGCGAGACCACCUCCUGGAGGAGGCGGUGGCGGACUGCCUAGUCGUCCCGUUGCGCCUCCCACGGGCGCCAUGGGUUCCAUGACGCUAAGUUCGGGUGGCAGGACUGGUGGAAUGCCCCCUGUGACGAGCUCGUUGGCGACUGAGCCGGCGCCUGCUGCGGAGGUUGGGGGGAAGAAGCAUAAUAAGCUUGAGAAGAAGAAGAGGAACUUUUUGGGCAUUAAGAAGUGA